CUUACCGUCGUUGUUACAUUUGCGAAUGGUUGUUUUUAACGUUGGGAAUUGCAUGCUUGAAGACUGAACUCGGAAUAGCUGUUUAAUGGAGAAAGAAGAAGAGAGACGUCUGUUGGCGAAAUUUAGAGAAAUGGAUAAAGAUGGAAGUGGAUCUCUCAAUCGGAAAGAGGUGAAAAGAUGCAUGAAAGCGUGCGGAUUUGGCGAAAAAUGUGUAAAUGAAUUCAUUCGAACAUUUGACCUUGAUAAGGACGGUCAAAUAUCACUUGCAGAGUACAUGAAAGUUCUGAAUAUCCUGCCAGCCAAGGAAAAGGAACUGGCAAUGUGGAGGAAUGUUUUUAACGAAGUUGAUACAGAUAAAUCGGGUAAAAUAUCUGCUUCCGAACUCUGUAAUUUGAUGCAAGAAAUGGGCUAUGAAUGCGCGGCCUCAGACAUAAGAGCCUGGAUGACAACCCAUGAUGCGGACAAAGAUGGCGAAAUGAAUUUGGAGGAGUUCCUUCAGUUCAUCCAACGCUGAGACGUUGACGUUUGAACACUCUUCGCUGAAGCGUGCUCAGUUGCAAAAGAAUUUCUAAAAAUGUAUUCAUUUGCCUAUCAGGCUGCAUGUCAUGUUUAAGUGAAUUUGACUACUUAUUCCAACCCCCUCCAUGAUAUGUCAAAUUAUUCAGGGAAGACGAAUGUGAUUUAUAUGUCAAUUGUUUCCUCUCAUGUUGCCUCGUCAUUCAGUUUGCAGCUGAAUCAACUAUCACUUUCACCCUGCUUCUAAUUUGACGAUAACUCGGCAUAUUUUCAUAUGGCAAAAUUAAACAGGAGAUCAGA